GCUUAAGUGGGUGCGCGGGAACUAGGUUAGUGGUGGCUCGUCCAGCCAUGGCUGAGGCGUAUUUCCCGGUGGGCCCCGGACUGGGGGCCGAGGAGAAUUUUUUGUCGCUGGACGACAUCCUCAUGUCGCAGGAGAAGCUGCCGGGCCGCGCCGAGACCACCUUGCCGCGCCUGGCCUUCGCGCUGGGCCAGGGGGCCGCCAGUGGAGACUCCAUCCCCGAGGGAUCAAAGCUGGAAAUACCUCUGUGGCUUGCUAAAGGUCUACAUGAUAGCAAGAGAAGAAUCAUUUCUGUGGAGCCACCAAAGAUUUACAGGGAAGCCUGGAGGACAGUGUUCAGCGCUGAUGCCAAUGUGGUUGAUCUGCAUAAGAUGGGACCAUAUUACUAUGGAUUUGGCUCCCAGCUCCUGAAUUUUGACAAUCCAGAGAAUCCUGAGAUAGCUCAGACUAUUCUGCAGACGUUUAUUAGCCGUUUUCGUCGUAUCAUGGACUCCUCUCAGAAUGCCUACAAUGAAGACACGUCAGCACUGGUGGCUCGGCUGGAUGAAUUGGAGCGAGCCUUAUUUCGAGCUGGGCAGAAAGGGCUGAAUGACUUCCAGUGCUGGGAAAAGGGACAGGCUUCACAAAUCACGGCUUCCAGUCUGGUCCAGAAUUAUGGCAAAAGAAAGUUCACAGAUAUGGAUGAUUAAACCUGAAGAACAUGCAGCUGCAGUGGAUGACACCUCUUGUCUUCUCUGUCAUAGAAGAGAAAGAUGAAUCUGCUUCGGGGAAUGACUGGUUUCCUGUCCAUUAACAGGAAUUCUUCUCUGUAACAUCUUUGGAUUUAGACUAGUGCAAACAUUAAAGGCAGGCAGCAAGGUUAUGAAAAAAUAGAUUGCAUCACAUCACUUGAUAGCUUUAUAGCUUACUCAUGCCACUCCUGAGGAUUUGUAGUUGAAGUGUUUGCUAGGUCACUGAAAAGCUAUGAGAGGAUUUUCUAAAAGGGUAAUUAAUAUUUAUUAUUCUCUUCCAAACUGAUAUUUACAGUUCUGGAUCUGUUUGGAAAUAAAAUGUAGUUCUAUGUAUUUCAACUUGCCCUUCCCAUUUCAGCUUCCUGGGAACAGCUGUUUCUGGGUUCUCUGCCCUUUGGAGAGCCCCGAUGAUGUGGAAAAAAGUGUGGUACAAGCUGCAUUGAGUUUUCUGCAUUUCUUAUAUGUUGAGGUGGAACAAGUUCCAUUUGUGAGGCAGGAAUGUUUUUCUUUGCUGACUUUUGUAACACAGUGUUAAUGCCCCAGAAAAAAAGUUUGGACUCUAGCCCAUGUAACCAGUGCAGUGGCUUUGCAGAUCUUGUGUGCUGCCUCAUCAUCUCUCUCCCCCUUUCAUAACUCGUGGGCUUGAUGCUGCACGAAGUGGAGGGUAUUCUUGUUUGGUGUGAGUGGCUUUUGUGAUGGAUUCAUUUCUGGUGGGUGUUAAGCUCCUCUGUAUUACAGAGGAGGCAAUAGAAGGCAACAAAGAGUUAGUCUGGACUGAUUCAGAAACAGCAACUUUAAUGGAAACUCUCCCCCAUCAUUAACCUCUGGGACACCUGUUUUCCUGUAAGCAGUUCUUCAGAUUGCUAAAUUUGGUUCAUAAAGUGGACAGAGCAAAUAAACUGAGUUUCCUUCCUUCUGAUACAUAUAAAUAGUCCUAGCAAACUGAUACUAGUAAGUGUCCUUCUUGCCAAUAGGAGUAAGAGGAGUUGGAAUGUGCUAAACAGCACAGUGGUUAUCAUCCGGUGUGGAUGCCCUUAAACCUAGAUUAUCUGUGGGUCCCAUUGGAUUGGAGAUGGAGAACACAAGAUUAUCUCUGCAGGUUGUAGUUCCCGUGAUCAUCGGGAUGGUUGUCCUUUGGAAGCAGGUGCUGGACAUCAUAUGGGUGGUUCUGAGCAUCUGUGGAAGGUGGACCUUGCAGAGCACCGAAGUGGAGGAGCCAGCCUGUAAUGACAGUGUUUUCUCUUCUGUGGGAGCUGACAGCAAGAUCCAGAUCAUGGAGGAGUUGUUACUGGACUUGGAGAUGCACCAGGGUAUCAGAUAAUUCAAACUGGAAACCUCGAGUACAAAAGUGUGCGGCCAUUCCUUAGCCAGAGGACUGAAAGCUGUGCAUCUGGAGGGGGUGAGAGGGGACAGCGUGCUGGCUCCACAAGCACCUUGGCAUCUCUGCCCUGUCUGCACAGGGCCAGCUCUUCUGCUGCAGGAGACUAAUUGGAAGCUGUGCCUUACAAACUAUUUCAAGUAUGUACAAGAUGAAGUGCUGCUCCACUUAAUGACUUAAUGGCAUAUAAUAGCCUAUGUCUUUUUAUGAAGCUUUUGUCUGUUUUCCACUUCUGCAUUUUUAUCUUGAAUAAAUAUUUUGUAAGGGGAGGUCAUAAUGUAAAAUGUCUGUUGUUAAUUGCUCUUGAGCAGAAAAAUUAGUUGUAAAUUGGAACGUGCAGAUCUCGGCAAAACUGUGGCUGUGAUAGAUAAUGCAGUCCUGCUUAUAUCAUUCUUCUCUUGCAGAUAAUGCAAUCAGGAGCUACAUUUAUAUAGUUAUGUGAGUGUAGAAGUAAUUCCUUUCUGAUUUAUCCCACAUGGGUAAGAGCUGUUUGCUGUUGUGGGAGAGACCCCACAAGCAAUCAAUAAGCUAUUGAUUUUAUAAAUUGCAUUUUUAUGAAACACGAGAUGGAUGGAGGCAAUUCCAUGUUACUCCAACUUUGUUGUAGAGUCGUGGGUAGCUGGUAGAAAUCUGCUGUCUCUGUGCUUGUACCCUGCUGCUCCAAGUGCUGUAGCAUAGACUUCAUGUAGCAUGUCAAGGCUGUGUUCUGCUGCAAAGGAAGCAAGUUUAAGUUCAUUGGUGAUACGAAGCAUUUUUGAACUGGAAGGAUUAUUUUAAUGAGAUGGUGGCUCUGCAAUCUAGUUGGUUUAUAACCAGAAUCGCUUGUUCAUCUAUUUCUGGACUGGUUUUGGUGACUAUCCAAAUUGAUUCUCCUACAUAUAAGAGCAUUUCUCUUCCUUGCUGCUGGGUGCAAAAUCCAAGCAGGUGGUUGCGUAUUUGCCAGCAUUUUGUGCAGCUGCUUUCGGAGUGGGGAGAAAAAGGUCCCUGAAGUAGUCCUCAAUGUCACUGGUUUUCUGUAAGUAGGCAAUGUCACUCUGAGUGACCCCGUAAACACCAGUAAGACCCUUAAAAAAUUGGAUCUUGCAAUUUUAAAUUAUAAUAUUUGGUUAGUAGAUUUGAUCUUCUGUUGAUUUGUUUGCUUGCUUGCAUUGUUCUUUUCCUUGCUGGCUGGAAUGCUUUUUUUCUGUCCAGAUAGAAACAAGAGUGUUCUGUACUUCUUAUGAACACAAACUGUCCUUUAUGAUUGCACAGCAGCAAGAGUUGUUUGAACCUGUGUAUUUUCAGAAUGGCACAAUAAAUGCUCAUUCCAGAACUAUACAAGAGAGGAUGGAAAAGGACUUCUAAGUGCAACUCCUCCCCAUGUCCCUCAGCAUUUA